CCACUACAUUUUUGCAAUUUAACUACCUAAUUGUAUAACUAUAAAUUUUAUAAUUUAUUCAUUCAAUAAGUUACAUAGUAGCAAGAAAAAUAAUACAAAGCAAUUGUACAGCGAGAAAAAGAAUAGUCUGUUUAUGGUCUACACUGUUUUCUCUCAAAUUUUAUUGAAUUUGUAAAUGAACAUAGUUCGAUAUCAUUUUUACAUCAUAGUUGGAUUAAUGAAAAAAUGUACAUUUAGAGUCAUAAAUCUAUAAUCGCAAUUUCGUGAAAAGGUAAAGUAAAACAAAGCAUGUUGACACUCGUAUAUCGAGAAUAAAAAAAAUAUAUGUAUAUAUAUAUAUAUAUAUAUAUGACAUUGGGUUUUGCAGUUUUUACAUUUUGCUUAUCUUGUGUGGUUGGAAAAAAAUGGACUGCUUCCGCAUUUACAGUGAGCAACUUUUUUUUCUCGAAAAUUUAAAAAACAUGUUCGAAAUAUGCAAAUAAUGUUCGAUUUCAGAGUGGAAAAAAAGAAUCUUUUUGAACAAUCCCGAAAUGGCUCGUCGUGGGGCGAAUGUAUGUGGCUUACUCACGUAUAAUGUUUGAUCACAUAAUAUCAAUAAAAAGAUUGUUCUUAUUUAUCAGGUAGUCGAAAAAUCAAGAAUAUUCUGGUAUACGGUGUUACUUUCUUCACUGGAUUCGAACGUUCUCGUAGCAUCUAGCUCUCACAAGAAAGAAUCGCUUCGUAUUCGGUACACUUCAGUCAACGGGUCGUCUCCGCGCAGGCUCUCUAUCGUCUAUUCAUCCUUGGAUCUAAACAAUAUUUACAAACGUGUGCUCUAUCGUUGCCAUAUUCCGUCAUUCGCGUCAGUGUGUUUAUUUCUUUCUUCUCCAAAGGGAAUAUAGGUAUAUCUAAUAUAUAGUUGUGCUCGACGAGUCAAGUCUAAAAUAUCAAAUUACUUCUGUCAAAAACAACGUAUCAUAUCGGUUAUUACUAUUCGCGCUAUAUAUAGCUGUAGACGUUUUAUCAUCGAAAAAGCGUAUCAUAUGUGUAUGCAUGAAAAUCACAUAUACAAUAGUGGCACGGAUAUAUAUCUGUAAUAAUUGUGACGACGAAAGAGUCGAACGAAAGGUUAGCGUCUGAAUGGCAAUUCCGACACAGUACCAAACUAUUCAUACCCUGGCUCAGAAUGCAAUGGGAGGUGCCCAUUUACAUACGCCGCAGUCCAUUUUUCAACAUAUGAUGGGACAACAAAACACCCCCCAUCAGAGUGGCCCAUGGCCGCAAAUGCCUCAAGUUCCACCCAUGAUGAUGCCAUGGAGUAUACCCAGUCUUCAGCAGUCUCAGUUGGUUCGCUUCACAGGGGAAAGACCUCCAAUUAUUUUUACCAAAUCUGCCCUUAAAAAGAGGAAAUAUCUGACCAAUGAGCCUACCGAAAUUCAUCGAGCGAAGCAGUUCAUUACAGAAGAAAAGAUGGCAGCUCAUUUUCAAGAUAUGCAUAUAAGCAGCAAUUACAGUGAAAAUUCGGCUGGAGUGAGUUCUGGAGUAAGAGAACCACAGCCCUGUUGCAGUACCAGCAAUGACGAUAUACAUAUAGACCUCGAUAUGGAAAAUGAUCCAACUAGACUUGAGAAUGGCAAAAGUGUACAUCCGAGACUUGUUAUUUCCGAAGAACUUAAGAGACUACAGCAAGAACCUCUUUUACCUGGCAGUUUGCUCGCCAAAUUAGAAACCCGCCCUUCAAUGGCUCUUGUACUCUGGGAACCACCGAGCAAACAUCUGAGGAUGUUGUCGAAUCGUCAAAACGUUCCUCAAUCCCCUAAUGAUUCGAACACCAAUAAUAAUAACAGCGAUAGAAGUAAUAAUGAUAACAGCGAGAAUUUUAUGCAAAGAGACAACGAGUCUGGAAACAACAAUCAUGAAAAUAUUCCAGACAUGAAUCAAUCUCGCAUGGAGGAUCAAAUUAAUCGUGAUCUCGAGCCCAUGGAUCUUUGAAAGCAUAAUGCUCAUUUACUCAUUUUUUUAAUACAAUAUUCGUUUUUCACUCAAUCUCCAUCGUUUCCUUUUUUAUUUCGUACCACGCAGUGAUUUGUGUCUGUUCUUUUCUUCAGGCUCUAAGUCUUAUUUUGAUUGAUCAGCAAUUUUUCUCGUGUGUUAUGGAAAAAAAAACGUACGAAUGUAGUUAGAGCAGCGUGACUAGAAUGAAGUUAUCAGAGAGUUUAUUCUCAAGUAAAUAUCAGUGUUUAAGGAAUGUUUGUAUUUUCUUUUUCAAAAAUACGUAAGAAUGAGGAAUUGGAAAAUAAUGAUACGAGUAUGUUAGUUUGAUGAUUUAACGUAAUGUGACUGUCAUCGUGUAUAUAUUUCGUAUGAAAUCACACAUGAAAAUUGUAUGAGUACAGCGAAGAAUGAAAGAAAAAAGAAACAAUAAAUCUUAGUUACUUGUC